AUGCGUGCACAGGCUGAUCCUACAUUUGCAAGUUACUUGAUGAAGAUAGGUAAUGGCACAGAACCUGCUAUUUACCAAAACAAAAUAAAAGUGCCUUCUCAAUUUCUCGUACAAAAAUGUGGAUCAAAGUCUUCGUUAUAUGCAUUGUUUGAUGCUGUAUACCCUGAUUUGCAUUGUUUCUUCAAUGACCCAUACCCACUGAUGGACAGAGCAAUUUUGACAACAAAGAAUGAAUUUGUUGAUGAGAUUAAUAUGCUUUUGCUGGAAAAGUUCCCUGGUGAAAAUAAAAGUUACAUCAGUUAUGAUGAGCCACUUGAUUCAAAGUACUUGCAUUGCCAAGAUUAUUUACAUACUUUAUGCCCUCCUGGCUUGCCUCCUCAUACUUUAAGCUUGAAAAAAAAUAGUCCUGUAAUCUUAUUAAGGAAUCUAAAUCCAUGUGAAGGCUUAUGCAAUGGUACACGCCUAAUAUGUGAUAUGUUUGGGGAUCAUACCAUAAGUUGCAUUAUCGCAGUGGGGGAAUACAAGGGUAAGCAUGUAUUGAUACCUAGAAUACCACUUCAACCAUCAAAGGAUGAAAACUGUCCAAUACCAUUCAAAAGAUGCCAAUUCCCCGUAAAAAGUUGUUUUGCAAUGACAGUAAAUAAAGCACAAGGCCAAACUCUAGAUUUUGUUGGCCUUUACUUGAAGGAACCUGUUUUUAGCCAUGGUCAACUAUAUGUCGCGAUGUCUCGUGCAAAAACUGCAGCUUCUUUGAAAAUCGUAAUAUGCAACGAUUUUGAUGAAUCGACAUGCACAAAUCUUACAGAAAAUGUUGUUUACGAUGAAAUCAUCAAGUACAUAUUAUGA